CCUUGCAGGCCAUGAGAGUAGCGGUGAUAGGCGCCGGCUGCUGCGGCAUUACUGCCGUCAAAGCGUGCCUCGAGGAAGGGCUGGACGUGGUCUGCUUCGAGAAGGCCUCCGACUGCGGCGGGCUGUGGUGGUACCGAGAAGAGACGCCCGAGGCCGGAGCCGGCACCGUGAUGCGAUUCACGGUCGCCAACAGUAGCAAGGAGAUGUCCUCAUACAGCGACUUCCCGCCGGAAAAGGACGCGCCGCCGUUCCUGACACACUGGCAGACCCUCAAGUACAUCCGAAGCUACGCGGAGCACUUCGAUGUGAUCCAGAAGAUUCGCUUUAGCCACGAAGUACUCAGGCUCGACAGAGGGACCCUCGAGAUCCGAGACUCGAAGACCGGUCGAGAGUGGGAGGACGUCUUCGACGGCGUCCUGGUCUGCACGGGCCAUCACGGAUCGCCCUCCGUUCCGGACAUUGCAGGACGCGAGCUCUUUCGAGGACGUGUGAUGCACUCGCGCGACUUCAAGUACGCCGAUGAUUCAUUUAGAGACAAAACCGCAGUCGUUGUGGGGUUUGGCAACUCGGCUCUGGACAUAGCCGUGAACCUCAGUAGUGUGACACGGCAGGUCUUCCUGAGCACAAGGAGAAUCAACUGGGUCAUACCGAGUCACCACAAGUCCGUGCCCACAGACGUGUACGUACUGAACCAGUUGAGACUUUGGCUCUUUAGCUGGAUGUCUCUGGCGAGCUUCGGUCGUUUCCUUCUCGGAAUGAUAAAGAAUGCCUGGGACCCAAAAAAGCUUGGUCUCGAAGCCGACCACGACAUCAUGACUCAAGGUCUGGUCGUCAACCAGUACAUUGACGGGAAGCUUCUUGACGGGACCGUCAAGAUUCGCGGCCCACCGCAACGUUUCACCGAGAGAGGGCUCGUCAUGAACGACUUCGAGGAAGACGUCGACGCGGUGGUCUUCGCCACCGGCUUCACACCUGCUCUGCCGUUUCCCACAGACACCCUGCCCAGAGACGGAGAGCGACUCUUGCUCUACAAGAUGAUGAUUCCUCCAGCGAACCCCAACGUAGCGUUUCUAGGCUUUGUGGAUGCCAAUGGCAGCAUCACGCCGGCGUUCGAGAUGCAGGCUAGGUACAUGGCACAAGUGUUUUCGGGCCAAGUGAACCUGCCUUCCAGAGAGGCUAUGGAAGCUGAGGUCACCACUACGCAAGAUAAGAUCAAGUCCUGCUUCGUCCCUACGCCGAGACACUCGCUGAUGAUCGACAAAGUCGCCUACGUCGAGGACCUUGCGAAGGUUAUCGGUGUUAAGCCCAACUACCUGAAACUCCUCUUCACGGAUCCAAAGCUAUACUAUACGCUAGUGACCUCUCCUGUCCUCGCCUACCAGUACAGGCUAGAGGGCCCUCAUUCUUGGAGCGGAGCUAGGAAUGCGAUCAUGGGAUUCGAGGAAAGAAUGAGAGCCCCAUUAUUACGUUGGAAAAACGGUGACUAGAAGAAAUAAUUGCUAUUACAAUAAUAAACCAGGGCACACAAAGACGCAUAUACAAGGAAAAGAGGCGGUGCGAACGGCACAAACGGUAAUGACUCUCCUGUUGGUUGGCGUGUUAAAUGUGCGCGCAAAACGGGAGCUUCGCAUGAUAUGUUCUCAUGGCGGCCGGCUAUCAAUGCGACUGUACGCUGACUUUAAUUGAGAGUUAGAAAAACAAGGCAGACAAUAAGUAGGACAUGGGCACCGACGCUGUUUUUACAGCUAGAUGAGAUUCGGCCAAGCGACCACCACCAUGCCCUGUGAGCGAUCCCGUUCGAUUACUGCGGAUGGCCUUAGAGUGCGAAAAGCUUGCAGCCGAUAUGGCGUAAUGCGCUUCUUUACUUGUGCAAUAACACUCGAAGCACAUUUGUCGUUCUCACGCUAAUCUUCUUUCCUUUUGUCUGCAUUGCUUCAUCCGCGCAGUCAGACCGUUCUUUCAAAAAUUUUUUAUUGUUAUACCUGUGUCUAGCAGAACAAGCAAUACGAUACACAGAGAGACGAGAAGGGCGACACAUGCGAGCGCUAUCUUCGUGUGUUCGGUAGCCGCUAUCGCUUUUUCUAAAGCGAAACUUUCUUUGCCUACGCUCCCGAGUUCGGAGUGGCUGCUGCCUGGUGUCUCUGUCAGCGUGUUCGGGGACAUAUUUGUGGAUACAUAUACAAAGCGUAUGCGUGCGGCGAAUGAAAGUACCAGCGAACGGGCUUACACGUAUAAACACUGUAUGCCGAUUGACAAUGUAGUGCAGCUAAGCGCACCUCCGUUCUACGUAACAAUAACAACGACAAAAAUGCACUCUUACAUAUGAACUGAAGUAACGAUGCCGGCUCAUAGGUAUAUCUCAAGCACAUUAGCCUGUUAAUGGAACUGUGGAUUAUAUGUAUUUAACGGAUACAUUUGGUACGCGCCACUAAGUCGUCAGACUGGCAUCCAUCUGUGAAUAAUUUGCCAUUUUGCGAACGAUCACUUCUCGGUUGAACCGGUGGACCCAAUCCGAGAGCGCUGCCUAAAUAAAUAAUGCAAACACCUCCACCGCAUCCGUCUCCAUCAAAGGCGCACAAUACAGGGUAGUCUUCAACUAUCCUCCAUUGCAUUGUCUUUGGUUGUCCUCAUUGUUAAUUAAUUUCGACCAAAAUGAAAAGUUUGGCCUUUCGAAUAGAGCCCCCUAUUUCAAUGUUGGAGCUAGAAGGAAAGCAAUAAACAAGACAAAACGAGCAACAUCAACAAGAGAAAUGAACUUUGAAUUAGAACAAGACUCCGUCCUAAAACAAUCAGCAUGCGUUGUGCUUCCUUUGGCAUGAUUCUCUGUUCUCCCGAUACAGAACUGAAGUUUCGAAGUUUAUUUACACACGUAAGUACACUGAUUUACAUAAGCGUUAGGGAUGGCAGGGUAAAAGCUGCAUCACGGCAGCUUGACUGCUCCUACAUUCCCGUGAUGUUUAACGAACAGUAUGUUUAACUAACAAAUAAGUGCCCAGCGAGGGCGUCCAAUCUAGCAGCCUUGCCGCCACGAAGUAGUACAUACGAGAGUUUACUGGCCAGUUGCCUGCUGUUAAAAAGGUGUUCCCCAUCCACUGACGUGACCGGAAGCGGCGUUGGCUAACACUUCCAAGUCUAAUCUUGUGCACAUAGACAAAUAGCAAAAAAAUUUGACUGGAUGAUGUCCGCCUGGAUAGCGUAAUUGGUAAAGCAGCGCACCCAUUGUGUGCAAUGCGUGGGGUUUGAGUUCCUAACUGCGGCAAGUUCUAUUUUCGUGCGCUUUCAUUUCCAUUUUACCUAAUAUAUUUUUUAAUAUUACAAUAAAACAAUCAUUUACUCCUA